AUGGCCGACUUCGCAAACCUACACACUGAAAGUAUAUAUCUUGCCAACGACUCUACAACGGUGGUAAACCGCAUUCUUGACUCACUAUCACACCACGUUCUUCUGCGACAGCCUCCUGCCGAUUGUCGUAUAAAGAGUAGCCUUUUACCUCAUCAGAGGGAAGCCAUCGACUUUAUUUUCCAGCGAGAGACUAAUUCGGUCCCCUCCGAACUGAGCCUGUGGGAAUAUGACGACUUGGACGUGGACAAGUCUUUGUUAGAGUCCAUAUUUCGAAUACAUUUUCAUGGCAUUAUUAACGUCAAGUUGUACAGUUAUCAGCACGUCUUCAGCGAAGCAAAUCGACCGCAACAAGAGGAAACCAAAGGAGGCAUUAUUGCAGAUGAAAUGGGACUGGGAAAGUCUCUGGUUAUGCUAUCAACCGUGGCCGGCUCUCUUGACCGUGCAGAAAACUUCUUUACUUUUCAAAUCCAAUUGUUAUCGAGUACACAGGGAAAGAAUCCUUCCAAGUCAACUCUCGUUGUAGCACCAUCUUCGCGAAGGCACGCGGAAACAAACUUGCUUCACAACCGGGCGAUCGUGUUCACCACGUAUGCUACACUGGCGACUGACUUCUGUAGCGGUAAGAAUGCCCUAGCAGAGAUCAACAGGUUUCGAAUCGUUCUAGACGAAGCCCAUAUCAUUCGGAAUGGCUCUACGAAACAAUUCCAAGCUGUUGCUAGUCUUUUUGCACAGCAUCACUGGUGUCUCACCGACACUCCUACACAGAACAAACUUGAUGAUCUCGGAGCGUUGGUCUCAUUCGUCAAUGUUCCAAUCCUGAAAAACCCUGCAUCUUUUCGAAAAUUCAUCAUCAGUCCAAUAGUAUCAGGUUCAGUAACCCGUUAUGAGAACCUCCGCGUACUUCUCCACGGUUCUGCGAGCGCGCCGCAGAGGAUGGGUGGGAUUGGGCAUGGAUGGGCAACUGCUGCAUCGACAAGACCAACCCUGCUGACUUACAAGAGGCUAUUGAUGCAAUGUACCGGUGGUACGUAUGCUGGCCUCUGCUGCGCACACCUCGAAGACGUGGAUGCUCUCGAGGCACUUGAAGACGCAGGUCUAUUCGAGGAUGGGGAUCCGGACGAGAACUCAGAUAUUAGAGAUAUUGCUCGUCCUGGUAGCCUUGCCCAUGAAGCUCUUAGUUCCGAUUUCAUCAAGGCCAGGUGGUUUUCCCGAGAAUGGACAUUUCAAAAACUUUUGGCUCCUCACUUUUUGGUCUUUGUUGAUCAAGAGUGGCGCCGUAUGGGCAGCCGGGAGAGCUGGGCCGGGGAGAUCAAGGAGGCCAGCAGCAUCGAAACCCGACAUUUAACCUCUUUUACACCGACAGAUUUCCAAUCAUGUUCUAUAGCAAUGAGACUAUCCUGGGCGUCUCGACGUGUCACAACCGGCGAGGAGGACGAGACGUACUCGCUAUUGGGCCUGUUCGGGGUCAGCCUCCCAUUGAUUAUGGCGAAGGGAGGUGGCGAGCAUUUCACAGGCUCCAGCGCUCUUAGGGAGAGAAAGAGAAGCCGAGCUUCUAGACUACUACCAACUCCUUGUGCAUGUCCCAAGGGCGUAUAA